AUGGGCUGGGCCAAGGCUUGUCCGGGGCGCUGCUCUGGCCAUCUCUCUGGCGGCUCCUGGGGGAAUUGUCCGGUGCCACGGCACACCUGCGUGUGUUCUCUCUCUUCCGUCGCUGGGUUAAAUGGGGAAGAUAAUUCCUACACCUGCAGGAGGGAGGCGUCCAAGCGGCCGUGUCCACGUGGUGGCCUCACGGGCCGCACUGAGCGCUGGGUGGGCGCUGGAGCCCCCUCCAGCCAGCUGCAUCCUCUGCCCUCCCCCCAGCACGUGAAGAUCCUGCGGGCGCUGGUCCUGGGGGAGCUGGAGAAGGGCCAGCACCAGUUCCAGGCCCUCUGCUUCGUCACCCGGCUGCGCGACCACGAGAUCAUCCCCAGCGAGGCCAUGGCCAAGCUCCGGCAGAUUGGCCCAGGCGCUAAGACCACCAGCACAUCCAGAGACCUGGUGGGAGUGGCCCUUCUCCUCCCACAGAAGAACCCACGGGCAGUGCGUCAGGCGGAGGAGGCGCGGGGCCUGGAGCAGCUGCACAUGGACAUGGCCGUGAACUUCAGCCAGGGGGCCCUGCUGAGUCCCCACCUGCACAACGUGUGUGCGGAGGCCACGGACGCCAUCUACACCCGCCAGGAGGACGUCCGGUUCUGGCUGGAGCAAGGUCCGCUGGGUCUGCCCGCUGCCUGCCCAUCAGAGAGGAUAGGAUUCAUGUGAGGUGUGGGGUUCAGGGAAGGGACCUGCACAGAAUGCUGGCUUCGCAGGCUCGGGAAGGGCAUUCCCAGCCAGUCC